AUGAAGAACACCGUCCUAGCUCUUGCUGCAUUGGCGCUUUUGCAGACUGCUUUGGCGCAUUCGCACAGCCCUAAGAACCACGCUGCCAAACGCAGUAAGCAUGUCGAACGUAAUCGCGAUGGAUCAUCAGCAGCAGCAGCGGAGGUGAUCAUCUGGGUGGAUCAGUUUGGGCACACGCUCAGUGUGGAAACAAAGGGAGCCUGUACUCCGACGCAGCCUGUGGGCACAAACGUCCAUGUACAGCCACAGCCGACGACGUUGCUCACCACGGCGAAACUCCCAAUUCCGCGAGAAGAUCCGGCUACUGAAUCGACAUGGUUGAGUUAUGAUACGGAUCAAUACCAUUAUCCUGAGACAUAUGCAGUCCCUACUCAACCGUCCUACUACCCUCCACCAGCCCCGACUUCUGAAGCAACGAGUAACAAAUAUGGUAUAUCCUAUUCGCCAUACAGGGAUGAUGGCACCUGCAAGUCCCAGGAAGAGGUCGACGCCGACAUCGAGAAACUGGCCGACUACCCCCUUGUCCGCAUCUACGGAGUCGACUGCAACCAAGUCGAGACCGUCACGACGGCAGCGAAACAGCACGGCAUGAAGGUGUUUGCCGGCAUCUACGACCUGAAAAAUCUCCAGCAGAGCCUGCAGACGAUCAUCGACGCCGCGCAGGGCGACUGGUCCCCGUUCGACACCAUCUCCAUCGGCAACGAGCUGGUGCUCCGGGGGCAGAAUACGCCCAGCGACGUCGUCACCGCCGUGAAUACAGCGCGCGCCAUCCUCCGUGCCGCAGGGUACGAGGGACCAGUAGUCACGGUCGACACGUUCAACAUGCUGAUCCAGCAUCCGGAACUCUGCGAGGCAUCGGACUACUGCGCUGCCAACUGCCACGCCUUCUUCGACGCGAGCGUCACCGCGGAGGAGGCAGGCCCCUACGUCAGGGAGCAAGCAGAGCGUGUCUCUGCGGCAGCCGGGGGGAAGAAGACCGUCAUCACCGAGUCUGGAUGGCCGUAUGCCGGCCAGCCCAACGGUGCUGCUGUCCCGUCGAGGGUGAACCAGGACGCGGCGAUCGAGAGCCUGAAGAACAGUUUCCCUGACGGCGGGAUCAUCUUGUUCAGCGCGUUCGAUGACAAGUGGAAGGUUGAUAACAGCUAUACUUUUGAUACGGAGAAGUUCUGGGGGUUAUUGCAAUAG